UUUGGAGACUCAGAACGAUGAAGAACUGCAUAGCUAGCACCCUGCUGCUCCUGGUGGCGGCUUCGGCCACUCAAGCCGCUUCGGUGGCCACGCCCACCUGUGGAGGAUCCACCUCCUCGAAGAACAUUAACCUGGUGAACCCCACUAACCCCCCGCGGGAGUGCGAGUAUCACAUAAAGGCGUACAGCAAGUACGUUUGCCAGUUGCGCAUUGACUGGGCCAUGAACCUGGCCCAACCCACGCUGGAAUCCGAUGCAUCGGGCCUGACCUACGCCGAGUGCACCCGUGACUAUUUCGUGGUUAAUGGACUGAAACUGUGCGGCACGGAGGUCUGGCAGCACAUCUAUGUGCCCUUCAAUGCCACCGAUGGUGACUCUGUGGUGGAUCUGCUCAUUGGCUUGGCCGAUCGCGCUGGAGCCACCGGAAUGCCCGUGCCCUCCUGGGACAUGACAGUGACCCAGCUGGAGUGCCCAGCGGGAGCCUCCGUUCGAUCCCUGGAUCUGGAGGAAGAGGAGGCCAUCAUCGAGGGUCGCUCCACCACCAUUAAGGAUGGCUACUAUGUGGCCCCGCCCGGCUGCCUGCAGUACUUCCCCUCGUCCAAGGGAACAGUCAAGUCCUUCAACUACAACAACGGAAAUGGAAUCUACCCGUCCCACAUGAACUACGCCAUCUGCUUCCGUCGCCAAACGGGAACCAAGCUUCUUACCAUUCGCGCCUACGACUUUAAUGUUGGUGAUGUGGUUUCCGCCUCUACCAUGAUGACCGAUGAAAACUGCUAUAGCAGCGAUAGUACCAACGAUCUGGAUGCCGAUUUCCUCAUGGUGCCACAGGCGACCUUUGAAGACAGCCACAAGCACGCCACCUACUUCUGUGGCUCCAUUAAAAAGGAUGUGGUCAUAUCGAGCAACAAUCCCGGUCCUUUGAUGGUUCUCUUCAACAGCGACGACAUUUACCGGCAGAAUGAGGCUGGUUUUGCUUUUACCUACGUUGUGUCCUAAGCGGUUAAAACUUCUUUGAUAAUGUAUACUAAACAAAUAGUUGGAAUUAAAAAGAGCUUAAAACGAAA